ACAGAGCAGAGUGGGCGUUUGAUCCGUUUUCUUUCCCAGCUCAUACAUGACUUCACGACUAACGUUACACAAGUUGGGCUACUUCAAAUCGUGAAAUUUCCAGUCGUAGUCCGCCGACAAAGAUGACAGAAAGCUCUUCGAACAAGCUGCUAAACGGAGACGCCUGUCACCGGACCUCAAACGGCAGAAAGUCGAGUAAAAAUGGCUUCGUGAAGAACCACUGCUUGUUCCAACAGCCACAGAAGUAUCGUCGCCCCCGGGAGAAGAACCAAAAUGUCACACACAACUCCAACCUGUACAAGAAGCCCUUUUUGGAAUCGUUUGAGGAGACUCCUCUACUGGUGGCCGUGCUCACCUACAUGGGCUACGGCAUCCUCACCAUCUUUGGCUACCUCCGAGACUUCCUUCGCCACUGGAACAUCGAGAAGUGCCACGUGGCUCGGGAGAGAGAAGAGCAGAGGGACUUUGUCCCCCUUUAUCAGGAUUUUGAGAACUUUUACACCAGGAACUUGUACAUGAGGAUUCGAGACAACUGGAACCGCCCCAUCUGUAGUGUUCCUGGUGCUAAGAUGGACCUGGUGGAGAGGGUUUCCCAUGACUACAAUUGGACUUUCGAGCACACAGGCAAAGUGGUGAAGAACGUCAUCAAUAUGGGCUCAUACAACUACCUCGGCUUUGCUGAGAACACUGGGGCUUGUGCCGACGCUGCUAUUGAGUCCACACAAAAGUAUGGAGUUGGAGUGGGCAGCACACGCUGUGAGAUAGGGAACCUGGACAUCCACGAGGAGCUGGAGUCGUUGGUUGCCAGGUUCCUUGGUGUUGAGUCAUCUAUGGCUUUUGGCAUGGGCUUUGCAACCAACUCCAUGAACAUUCCCGCUCUCACUGGGAAGGGUUGUCUUAUUCUGAGUGACGAGCUGAAUCACGCGUCACUGGUGCUGGGUGCCCGCCUUUCUGGCUCCACAAUUCGGGUCUUCAAACACAACAACAUGCAAAGCCUAGAGAAGCUGCUGAGAGACGCCAUCGUGCACGGGCAGCCGAGAACCCACCGACCCUGGAAGAAAAUUCUCAUUGUGGUGGAGGGCAUAUACAGUAUGGAGGGUUCCGUCGUGCGUCUCCCAGAGGUCAUUGCUCUGAAGAAGCGCUACAAGGCGUAUCUCUACCUGGAUGAGGCCCACAGUAUCGGGGCCAUGGGGCCUAACGGCAAAGGAGUGGUGGACUACUUUGGCCUGGAUCCAAAAGAUGUCGACAUCAUGAUGGGAACAUUCACAAAGAGCUUCGGUGCUGCCGGAGGAUACAUUGGAGGAAAAAAGGAGCUGAUUGACUACCUGCGGCGCCACUCUCACAGUGCCCUGUACGCCACCUCCAUGUCCCCUCCUGUGGCCCAGCAGAUAAUCACCUCUAUGAGGAUCAUCAUGGGAGAGGAUGGGACCACACUGGGUGCUGAUCGCCUCAGACAGCUAUCGGAGAACACCACCUACUUCCGCAGGAAACUCCGCGACAUGGGCUUCAUCAUCUAUGGCAACGACGACUCACCCGUAGUACCCAUGAUGCUCUAUAUGCCUGCCAAAAUUGGGGCAUUUGGUCGGGAGAUGUUAAAGAGAAACAUCGGCACAGUGGUCGUCGGCUUCCCAGCAACACCCAUCAUUGAAUCUAGAGCACGUUUCUGUAUUUCGGCUGCCCAUACCAGAGAGAUGCUUGACACAGCGUUGGAGGCCAUCAGUGAAGUGGGUGACCUGCUGCAGCUGAAGUACUCCAGACGUGAACAGCCUCUUCCCUCGCUUGGGUGGAUGGCCGAGGAGAGCCUGCUUCAGGACUGAUGACUGCUAUCAUCCAGCCCUCCCACCCAACUCACUGUCCCUCCCUCGCGUUACCUUUUCUCAUCAGAUCUUUUUUUUUUUUGUCCCUCAUUAUCCUCUGAGCCAGUCUCUUUAUACCCACUUCGCCAUAUCUCUUCAACAACAGACACCCGCGGUAUCACGAGAACCAAAGUCUUUCACAGGUCCACCCUGUUUUGAAACCUGCACACUAGCACCGCUCAUCAGCCGAUGUGCAGCCUGUGACCCCAUAGCAGGGGAGGACCAAAAUCACACUCAUCUUUCUGUACGUGUGCGUUGUUGCAAAGUGCGUUCAGAGCCUUUCAGUUUGUCCUAACUUAUUGUGACUGCGUCCGUCUAACGUCAAGACUUAUUCCUGUGUGCACAUUGAAUGUGUGUCUUAUUUGUGCAAUAAUAACAACAUGGGGUUUCUUUGUAAUUAAAACAACCUAGAGCAACGUAGACAGGAUUUUGCCACGAGUUACCACUCGUGCACUUGGAGAAAAAGAAAUCUGAUCGUAGCCGUUGCUAUGAGGAAAAAGUUAUAUGUAAAUAUUAUUUAUCCCGAAGUUGGUAAUACUGCCUUAGGGUAGCAUCCCAAACCUCAAAGAUACAUUAUUUCACAGGAGUAACAUUAGCAUGUUCACUCCAUAUGUAUUUAUCUGAUGACUUUUUUUCUAAUCACUUUUACUUGAAUAGAGUAUAGAAUAUUGGGUUCUUCCCCUAACCAAAGGAUAUACAUGUAUAGAUGUGUUUUCUACCUUGUCUCUUAAAAUGCAAAGCAGAUGUUCCAAAAGAAAACAUUUAACAGGGAAAGAAUCCCAGGGAGCAAGACUAAGGAAUAUUUUUUACUGCUUCUUUUCUAGAAAUAUUUUUCAGCCUUAUUUACUGUUUACACCUGCACUCAAAAACUUGAGCCCAGUGUCUUUAACAUUUCUAUAAGCUAAUGAGCUACAUGUGUGAUUUGAUUCACCCCCGCUAAGUCCUUCUCACUCAAGUGCUUUCAUGUCAAUCAGCGUCGACACGGAUCUCUUGAGCACGAUGACGCGCUGUAACUUCUCUGUAUGUAUGACGAUCCCGCAUCCCGUGCUUAUCUGAUAUACAGACAGCUUUAUUUAUUUCAAAUGUCUUCGUCGACUUUCAGCUAUCUUAUAUUUGUACAAAAUAAUAAUUAACUGUUAUCUGAAAGGCAGCUCCAAAUGUGUCCCAGUGAAAGGUGUGUAUUUUAAACUGACUACUUGCACGUCUUAACUUCAGUGCUAACACUACUGACAGGCAUUGUAAAUGCACAGAUGAAGUAGUCACUGAAACUUUGUUUAGGUAUGCUUCAAAUGUCAUUGUUUUCUCAUAAUUUAUCCUCUUCUGGAAUGGCAUUCCAUAUCAGUGUGCUUUCAGUGUCAAGUGUUUGUUUUGGUUUACCGUUUUUGUUUUAAUGGUCCGUGUAAGGUCACCCCAGACGUGGCAAACAUAUUGUCAAAAAUCCUGUUUGUGUGUGUUUUAUGUUCGAUCACUUAAUUGAUGUGAAUUGGAGGCCUCGUCAGUGUGGCCAGUCACAAAGCUGGCUAUUGACUGGCAAUGUGACCAUUCCUCUAAAUGUUCAUCAGAGUGAUCAAACUCAAUUCAAGCUCAGAGAUGCUUUUGUUAAUGAUUUUUUUUUUGUUGUCAUUUUAGCAAAGCACGACAACUUUUUGGGGUCUCUUUUAACUGUACAUCCAUUAGACAUUAUUUACAUUGUCUUUAAGUGAGUCAUUCCAAUAUUGUUUUGUUUUUUUUCACAGAAAAUGGCUUGAGUAACAACUCUGUGAUGCAUUUGCUUUUAAUAAAUAUAAUAUUAAAGGUGGAACACAUGACUAUGAUCUGGAAUUGCACUCUUCAGAAAUGUGCUCUGACAUAAAACAUUUUCUUCUCGUCAAAGUUUCCUCUCAAGCUGUCUGCAGCACCAUGCCGUAUGUUAAGUCUCUACGUUUCUGUCUAUGGAGGCAAAAAUGUAAUUGCAAACAGCAACAUGCCUGUUUCUCUCAGCCAGGUUUCCCUCGCUGAAACUAAGGGAUUUAAGUCAAGAGAGAUUAUUAAAAUGUUGGGAGUUGUUUGGACCUCUGUGACAUUUUCCUGCCUAUCUACCACAAUUACCUGCGGACUGACCUGCAGUGGCCAUUGGAAACUUAUCAGUUGAUUUUGCCCUUGAAAUUGUAUUUGGGUUCUUGAUAAACCACUUAGAGGAGUUUGCAAAGCCAUGAUGUUUGUUGACCAUGCUGUUGGAAACAGUGCUGAUUAAAUCACUUUCUUUGUAUCAA